AUGAAUAGUACAAUUCUGAAUAGAAGGCUGCUCCAAGUAGACACAUAUGCAGUAGACGGCACUUACUCACCAAACUCCGCCUCAAGAAAUCCCAAUUCCCAGUCCAUUAAUGGCACCUCAACCACCAUAAAAAGACCCUUCAGAGCCACGGCCACAACACCAUUCGACUCCUCCACGGCCUUAACUGUUCUUGUUCUCCUCGCCGCUCUCUUCUUUAUGGGCUUCUUCUCCGCUUACAUCCGCCGCUCCACCGCCGAGGACCCUUCUUCGUCGUCGUCUUCUUCCUCCUCCUCCGACGAUGUCCGCCCCAGCAGAAACCCACCUCCGGAAUCAAACCACCGCAAGGGUCUCGACCCCUCCGCCAUGAAAUCACUCCCUCUUGUGCCCUGCGGUGUGGCUGCGAAGCACCAGAUGAUGAUUGAAGAAUGCCCCAUUUGCUUGAGCGAGUUUGAAGAAAGAGAAAUUGUUAAAUUGAUUCCAUACUGUAGGCACGGUUUCCAUCCCAGGUGUAUUGACACGUGGCUAUCCUCGCACGUGACGUGUCCUGUCUGUCGGUCAACUCAGCUGUUCAAGAGAGUUGAGGAGGUUUGUUUGGAUGUGAAGCAGGAGUGCAAUGACAUAGGUGUGAGUGAGAUUGGUGAGAGAUUAACGGUGAGUAAUAGUUAG